UAAGAAAACUUGAGUGGCAAGGUACCCACAUGCAUUGGGAAUGACUCAACGUUGCAGUGAAAGGCCAAUGAAUUCCACUAUAAAAACUUUACCAAACCAUUCCACAACAUCAUCAACUUCCACUGCAAUCACAAUCCUAAACAAAUACCUUAGCAUAUACCCGACAACAUGAACUCCAUGGGAAAAUGUUUCACGGAAGAGCAAGAAGCUCUGGUGGUGAAAUCAUGGAACGUGAUGAAGAAGAAUUCUGGGGAGUUGGGUCUCAAGUUUUUCUUGAAAAUAUUUGAGAUUGCUCCAUCAGCUCAGAAACUGUUCUCGUUCUUGAGAGAUUCAACCGUUCCUUUGGAGCAAAACCCCAAGCUCAAGCCCCAUGCAACCUCUGUCUUUGUAAUGACCUGUGAUUCAGCAGUUCAACUGCGGAAAGCUGGUAAAGUCACUGUCAGAGAAUCAACCUUGAAAAAACUAGGUGCUACCCAUCUCAGAACUGGCGUUGCAAACGAACAUUUUGAGGUGACAAAGUUUGCACUUUUGGAGACCAUAAAAGAAGCUGUGCCUGAAAUGUGGUCACCGGAGAUGAAGAAUGCAUGGGGAGAAGCUUAUGAUCAGCUGGUGGAUGCCAUUAAAUCUGAAAUGAAACCACCCUCCGCUUAGACAAAAAAUUCCUCACCUGAAGCUUUUCAUUCCAUCCCUCUGAAACUGAAUAAAAUUGAUGCGGAGCUAUACUUUUCCCCUGUUUGUAAUAGUAAAAUUGUUCAGUGUUGGUGCUUUUCUUUUGUGUGAAAGAAAUGUUUUUUAUGUAAUGCAGCUAUUUAGAAGUUGCUAAGUAGAAAGGAAGUGUCUUCUGGUAUUAAUGUAACAGUUCUAUAACUGCAGGUGACUGAAUGAAUUAUAGAAUUAUAGCUAUUUGUGGCUUUGUUACA